AUGCCACGAUACGAGAUCGAUCAUGCCAUCCCACUCUCAGCUUCCCAACAAGAUGAUCUGGCUCAAGAGAUCACCAGGCUCCACCUCGCCGCAUUCCGGCUGGUUCCUAAGUUCUUCGUGAACAUCAUCUUCACGGACCUAUCUCACAAGACUUGCUACGUCUCCGGCAGGAAAAGGAAGACGAACCACAUAAAGGGGCAGCUUCGCCAAGGCAAUCGCGAUAGAUCAGACUUCCAGAAGCUCGCCAACGAUAUCAAGGAAGCUUGGGGACGCAUUGUGGUGGAUAGGGCUGAGGGAAAUCGCAAGAAUUAUGCUAUUCAGACUGUGGUCUUGAUCCCAAGCAAUCAGGUUGCGGUCGAAGCUGGGUUUCCGGUGCCUUUGGUUGGGGAGGAGCAUGCAUGGUACAAAGAUCAUGCCGCCAAGUUCGAGCAGUUGGCCAAUGCAGGCGACGAGGAUUCCAGAGAGCUGGUUCAAGAUAUGCAUGAGAAUGGUCUAGGAUAA